AUGGCCUAUCGGAAAGUGUCAUCGAUGCGAGGCUCUAAUACACAUGUGGGAAGUAAGAUGGCGGACGUUGAGAGACUUGAGUUGGAAAAGCGGUUAGCGAGCCAUUCCGCUUAUUUCAAUUCCCUGAUCGAGUUGAUACCAGUGAAAUACUACCUACCUAUUGAUGAAGAAGAGAAAGCAAACAAGUUUUAUAAAAAUCGUUCGAGGAAAGCACCUAAACAGACUAUUAAAGAGGCAUCAAGGAAAGCCAAACGUGCAAGACUCGAUCCGAACCAGCAUAAAACAAUUCAAGAAAUACAAAAAGAGGCAGAGGGAAAUGCUUCCACCGGAAAUCAAAUUGAUCUAAACGAUGAAGAAAAAAUAGAGAGUCCUAACUUUAGUGUCGAAAGGGUGGAAAGCAAAAGUCUGGAGGACCUAAGAUCUCGCCUGCAUGCGAGAAUAGAAGGCUUGCAAAGAAAACGUAACGCAGGAAGUGGGAGGCCAGAUGGCUUACAACAACCACGUGCGAAGAAAUCGAAGAAAGAAGUAAAAGACAAAAAUAAGCAGAAAUUGGCUGCUUCCUUUAAGGAAUCGAAAGGAAGUAGACAAAACGAUUCUUUACCCAGCCAGAAAAUAUUAAACGAAAGUGGAGAUGUUGUUUUUAGUAAAUUUGAUUUCUUGGAAGCUAAGAAAGAACCAAGACCUGGGAUGAAAAAGAAAAAUUACGAAAAACUGCUCGCUAAAGCUGAAGCUCGAAAGAAAAAGCUGGAAUCUUUGAGAAAAGAGGAUUUGUCGAAAGCUAAAGAAUUAAUGGAUAAACUUUCUUGGAGUCAGGCGAUUGAAAAAGCUGAGGGUAUAAAACAACACGAUGACCCUAAACUUUUAAAGAAGGCGAUGAAAAAAAGAGAUAAGGCGAAAACAAAAAGUAAAAAGCAGUGGGAAGAACGGAUUGGUUAUCAAAAGAAAAUGGCAGAGGAGAAACAAAAACAAAGACGAAAAAACAUUAAAGAAAGGAUUGAAGCCAAGAAAGGAAAAAAAUCUGGCAAAGGAAAGAAAAAGCACAGACCAGGAUUCUAG